UAAAUCUUAAACAUUGACCAAUCUUGAAGCAAAUGGGCAAAAGGUGUAAUGUAUCUAUUAUGCGUGCAAGUAUUAUGUAAACCAGACAACAAUUGUUAAUAUAUUAGUCAUUACCACAAUCUAGAUAUUAACGAAGGGAUGGCUUCUUCUUCCUCCUACUGUUUUGGCCUCCGUUCUCUUGCAGUUGUAUUACCAUUUCUCUUAGUCUCUGCUUUGGCCACAAAAUACAUCGACGCCAUAUGCCGACGUACCACCAACAAAGCCUUUUGCGUCAAAACUUUGAACGCAUAUCCUCCAGCGGCUUCUGCCACCAACACGUUCCAAGCGGCUGAGGCCACGCUCAGCCUCACCAUGUCUUAUGCCCGUAAGUCUGCGAGUUUCGCCGGAAAAGCAGCGAAGGAGAAUCCAAAAUUGAAGAAGCAGUUUGCGGCGAGUCAAGAUGCCUUUGCGACCAUUAUCACGUCUCUCAAGAGCGCUGCCUUGGGACUCAAGGAAUCGCCAGAUACUGCAAACUAUGACGUCAUGGUUUGUACCGACAGUACAAGUAUAGUGAAGAAUUUGGUAGGUAAAAAUACAGACAAGGCAUCCAAGACUAUCAUGAUGAUGACAUUGCGGAUGGAGAAGCUUCUUGCUAUUGCCGUUGGAGCCACAGUAGCUGUUGGCGGGUGAAGACCCCCAUAAAUUUACUUGGUAUUUUUCGAAGUAACUUAUAACAAAAUAGUUAAAAUGUGCUUGUACUUUUAGAAGUAAAACUUAUAAAUAUAGUUAAAAUGUGCUUAUUGACCCCCAUAAGAUUUUUUUUCCCGAAUUAGAUUUCAGUCAUUUGAGAAAAAAUUAUCUCUGUAAAAAUAAUGGCUACCUCCGCCACUACAUACGGUCGUCCGAUUUGGCAAAUUGGUUUACUUGUCGAAAACUGAAAUGAAAAGAGAUGUU